AUGAACGGACUAGCACCUUUUCCAGCACAUACAGAAGGCACUCCACAACCCGAGCUACUACGACCAAUACCCAAUGGUGUGCGAAGAGUUAGCCGCGACUUGGCGCCCUCGAGACCGGUUUUGAACGGCACCGUAUCCUCUCCUCACACGAACAGCACAGUAACAUCACCAUCAAGCGAUCAGGGCGACUCCCCAUGGAGCUCGGCUAUCGGCCCAGCAGCAUCAGGAGGAAAGUCAGGACGGGUGAUCGAGCGACUCAUGGCGGAGAACGACAAGCUGAAACGAGAACUGGAGAUAGCCAACAUGAAGGCGCAGGACUUGGAAAGAAGCUUGAGUAUGGUGCGCCCACAGAUGGAAGCACUGCGACAAGAGAACGAGAAUCUUAGUCAUGCUAAGAGUGUGGACCAUUCUCUUCUCGGACGCCGAGAUCGUAAGAUCGAGGAACUGAAGGUGGAGAACGUGGCGAGGGGAGAGCGGGUACAGAAGGCGGAGGGACUCGUGCGGCAGCUACAGAGAGAAGGUGAGGAGAUCAAGGGCGAAUUUGAGAGGCGAGAAGGGGGACUGUUGGAGCAGACAAAGCAUGCCACUGUACAUGCUGAGAUAUUAGAGACGUCUCACAAGCAGCUUGCAGCUGAAUACCGGGCACGAAGGGAAGCCUGGGAACGAGAUAUGGCCGAGCUUCAGGAAAGGCGAGAGCAAGAUCGACAACGGCUAGCCAGAUUGGAUGUGGUGUACGAGCAGAUGCGGCAGGAGAACGAACGAACGAGAAAAGUUCAGAAUGAGCUUCAAUCUCGAUGGGAUGAAUUGGAGGAUGUUAUGCGGGAUACCGCUGAGCAGAGUACGGAGGUUUCGGGACAGGUGAGGAAGAAAAGUGUUGAGAUGGACGAGGUCGUCAAUCAGAUGCGGUGGGUUAUGGGGUUGCAGAAGGUUGGUGGGUUGGAUAAGCGAAAAGGGUGA